AUCUUUUGUCUUAGUGGCAAUGCUUCCUUCACAAGUCGGAAGUAUUUUGCACUGCAGUCAUUUCAAUACAACGCAGCUGAAUUGGUGUGCGGUGGAUGUUCGGCACCACCAGGUACUGAUGUUUGUGGGCGGCAUGGUGCUGAGUAUUUGGAAUACAAAUGUCGAUAUUGCUGCUCAAUAGCCGUCUACUUCUGCUUUGGCACCACGCAUUUUUGUGCGCCUUGUCACGACGAUUUCCAGCGCUUGGUAUCCCUUCCUCGAAGUCUAUUUCCACCCUGUCCAACCGGUCCUCGUGCUACUCCCGGUGAUGGUCCGUGUCCACUUCGGCGGCCGCAUCCACCAGCUGGUGAGGAGUUCGCACUUGGUUGUGGUAUAUGCAGAAAUAUCAGUACAUUCUAA